UGACAGAUGAAAAAUAUACGACGAAUACAGGCAGCAUGUUUGUUUUCGUUCUAUUUGAAUGAAUAAUUUAUUAUUUAUUUAGUGUAACAAGUUUCUUUCGCUGUGAAUUGGAAACCCAAAGUGCUUUUUGUAUUUUGACGAAUAAAAUAAAUUAACCGCGAAAAGCUAUGACAGGGGACGAGCGUGGUCGGCGACGAAGCAGCGACCGACACCGCAGCCCCAGUCGCGAUAGGCACAGAAGCAACGAAAGGGACAGGCCUGACCGCAGCAGAGAUCGUCACAAGGAUCGCGAAGCAACUCGUGAUCGAAGCAGAGACCGUGAACGGGUGCGGGAGCGUAGUAGAGACCGUGAGAGGACUCGGGAACGAAGCAGGGACCGCGACAGGCCGCGCGAGUACAGCAGGGACCACGAGAGGACUCGGGAGCGAAGCAGAGAUCGCGGCAGACCUCAUGACCGCGACCGAGCUGGAGGCCGAAGCUCAUACAGAGAGUUCAGUGGUGGUGGACUUGGCAGUGGUGGAGGUUUGGGUAGUGGAGGAAGUGGGCCCAAGACUCGCUACAAGCCCCAAGAGGAAGAGUUCCUGGACGCCCGGCGGGAGGAGCGCGAGAGGAUUGGACUGAUCGGUGUCUCUUCUGUUUGGGGCAAGUCACCCAUGAGACCUGACUCUGAAGAAGAAACUUCACCGGCAGAAAACAGCAGUAAAAGUAAAGAGAAAAAGAAAAGCAAAAAAUCCAAAGAUAAAGAAGACACAAAGCAAAAACUAAAAAAACUGAAAAAGAAAUUGAAAAAAGUAAAGAAAGCUCGCAAAAAAGCAAAAAAGAAAUCCAAGAGCUCCAGCAGUGGCUCCAGUUCAAGCAGUGAGGAAGAAAUUUGGGUGGAAAAAGGAAAGGAGCACGAAGUGGAAGCCGGCAGCAAGUCGUCGAAGUCCAGCAAGCGGCAGGAGGAGGAGCUGGCCAGCUCGGCGUUCGGGCCGGCGCCGCGCGUGGGCCCCGCGCUGGGCCACAAGGACUUCGGGCGCGCGCUGCUGCCGGGCGAGGGCGCCGCCAUGGCCGCCUACGUGGCCGAGGGCAAGCGCAUCCCGCGCCGAGGCGAGAUCGGCCUCACCUCCGACGAGAUCGCCUCCUACGAAUCCGUCGGAUACGUCAUGAGCGGGAGCAGACACCGUCGCAUGGAAGCCGUGCGCAUCCGCAAAGAGAACCAGAUCUACUCCGCCGACGAGAAGCGCGCGCUCGCCGCCUUCAGCAAGGAGGAGCGCGCCAAGCGCGAAAACGCCAUCCUGUCGCAGUUCCGCGACGUGCUCAGCGCGCGCUCGCAGCGCCGCGACUCUUAGGCCGCUGUCUGACGCCAGGACCCCCAGCGUGCGCCGCCUGAUGCCAGGACCACCAACGUGCGUCGCCUGAUGCGAGGACCUCCAACGUGCGCCGCCUGAUGCGAGGACCACCAACGUGCGUCGCCUGAUGCGAGGACCACCAACGUGCGCCGCCUGAUGCGAGGACCUCCAACGUGCGCCGCCUGAUGCGAGGAUUACCAACGUGCGCCCGCCGCCUUCAGCAAGGAGGAGCGCGCCAAGCGCGAGAACGCCAUUUUUGUUUGAUGCGAGGCCCCUAGCGCGCGUCGCCUGAUGCGAGAGCGCUAAACGUCCAUCCUCCGCAAUGCUGGCUGACCGAACGCGUCCGACUCCCGUGCUGAACUUGCAGCUCACCGAGGCGACGCUUGGUGAAAUCAUUGGGACAGAGACGAAGUACAUGGCUAAAUUACAAUUAAGUAAGCGUGUUAUACAAUUCCACAUCAAUUAACCGUCAAAAUAUAAAUCAACGGAAGUAAUUUAUAAAAAAGUAUGCAUAAAGAAAUACAUCUGAUGAAAAAGUAAGCACCAUAGUUGCCUUACUCGCAUACAUUAUUAUGUAUAACACUGGAAUGUGAAAAAUCUGAACAAAUUAAUUAAUGAGCUGUUAAAAGUAUUCAAGAAAACUAGAGAAUGAAUCUUAAUAAUAAAUAGUUAAUCAGAUCUGCCCUAUUUGUUUACCAAAACAAAUGAAUGGCUUUUUUUUUCAUCGUCCUGUUUGCGCUAUCAAUUUGUCGAGUUGUUGAUAAUGGAAAUCUGAACUACCUAACUCAAUUUUAACAGGCCUUUUUAUGAAAUUGUAAUGUAAUUAUUAUUAUAUUUAUUUCGUAAACUAAGCAUUAUUUGUUAAAUUCAUGAUCUUUUUAUCAUGAAUCAUAUUCUGAAUAAAAGAAACAUGUUUAAAAAUAAAUUCUUUAUUAUGUAAACAUAUUUUAUAGUACAAAAAAUAUAAUUAAAUUCUUAAUUGCUAUAGGAGAGCUUCCAUUUUAAUUUAACUACAUUAAACUAAUAAAAAGUGCACUUUACCAACAUGUGAUUUUUGCUAAAUAUACUAUAAAAUUAUUUGUUGAGGUCAGAGGAUCCUAGACUAUGUUAAAUGACUUAAAUCUACAUAAUAAUUAUGUUGUAUUUGCACCAGAUAAAGUAACAUCUAUGAUAACAUGAUUGUAUAUUGGUAAUACUAGUGAAGUAUUGAAUAAUUGGGUUCAAUUCUUGUGAUAAUG